AUUGGAUGUUGGCGCUUUUCUAAAAGGAUACGUAACUUAUUGCUUUCCUGUUGAUUGCUCUCCCAAAUGGGCCCUGUAGUCAGGAAAGCGUCGCAUGCAGGCAGUUGGUACUCAGGAGACCGUGAGAAACUGGAUGCUGAACUUCACAGGUGGUUAUCUGAUGUAACUGUAAAACGCCAGCCAGCUAGUGCAGUGAUUUCACCACAUGCUGGUUACGACUACUGUGGUCAUUGUGCUGCGUAUGCCUUCAAACAGAUUGAUCCUAGAUGCAUUAAGAGAGUGUUCGUUUUAGGUCCUGCUCAUUAUAUGAGUCUGCGAGGGAAAUGCGCACUCUCUACCGCGGAAAUUUUCGAAACUCCGUUCUACUCUCUACCUGUUGACAGAGAUGUUUACCGAGAUCUUAAUAGCACUGGAGAAUUUGUUGAUUUGUCUCUUAGCCGGGAUGAAGAGGAGCAUUCUAUAGAAAUGCAAAUGCCGUACAUAGCGAAGACAAUGGAGGGCUAUCAAGGCAGAUUCACUAUCGUGCCAAUUCUAGUAGGAUAUCUCACUCCUGAUAGAGAAGCGGUUUAUGGUCAGAUUUUUUCCCGAUACCUUUCGAACCCUGAAAAUUUCUUCGUGAUCUCAUCUGAUUUCUGUCACUGGGGGAAAAGAUUUCAGUACACAUACUACGAUCAGAACAAAGGAGCAAUCUGGCAAUCUAUUCAAGCACUUGAUGAAACGGGUAUGCAAAUAAUUGAACGACUUAUUCCUUCAGAAUUUACUGAUUACUUAGAACGUUAUGGAAAUACUAUAUGUGGACGACAUCCUAUUGGUGUAUUAUUGCAGAGUGUGGCAACUUUACGUAUGAAUAUGCCGAAUAGUCAAUUCAAUAUGAAAUUUAUUCAAUAUGCACAAUCAGAACACUGUCAUAAUAUGAAUCAAUCAUCUGUGAGUUAUGCAGCUGGUGUUCUUCAGAUCUCUUGAUACAACAUAUAUCUCAUUGUUUUCAUAUCCUUUAUGAAGAUGAACAUCACAAAAUUAAGGUUUGUAUUCAAUGGAAACAAAAUAAUAAUUUAGGAAUAAUUCAUUUAUUUAUUUGAUGUAAAAUAAUCCAUUUAAAGUUGCUUUAUUUAUUUAGUUCCUAUUAAUUAAAGCACAUGCAGCGU